AUGUCACUUGGCAGAGUCUAUACUGAUGACAUACUGACAAUCCACCCCCGUAGUAAGGAUGACUCCUUUGCUGUGGAGAUUAUCCACGCCGUGGCCGACAAGGGCCCGGUGUGGGCCCUUGAAUUGGCCGGCGUCGUCUUGCUCUGCCUCCUGUUAAAGGAGGUAGGGGUGUUCUUCUUUUGGUGGGCGCGAUACGCCAUCAAACGCCGCGACGACCAGCGGGAUCGUGCGAGCGGUGGUGCGAGCGGUGGUGCUGCUGGCGGCAGCGGUGCUGGCGGCGGAUAA